AUGGAAAAAUAUUUGACAAAAAGUCCUAGACUUUCAAGUGGAUCUUCUAGCAUUGGGCAAGAGUCACAAGUUUCAAACCAAAUAAUUGAUAAAGAUGAAAUUGAAGCUAACCAUGGUAAACGAAGUUCAAUUGCAAGUUAUGAUGUGAAUAUUCAUGAUCGAAUUCGUAGAGAAUAUGUAGCUAAAGGUUUGCCUUUUAGGGGACAUGAUGAGUCACCUACUCCUUUAAAUCAAGGCAAUUUUCUUGAGAUGUUCAAAUGGUAUGGUUUGAGGCAUGAUGAAGUUGGUAAAGUAAUAUUGAAAAAUACUAUAGGAAAUAAUCAACUGACAUCUCCGGCAAUUCAGAAAGAUGUAGUUAGGGCUUCUGCAUUUGAAACUACACUUGAAAUAUUGAGAGAGCUUGGAGAUCGAUUCUUUUCUAUCAUGGUAGAUGAGUCUCGGGAUUGCUCAGCAAAGGAGAAAAUGGCCAUUGUUAUAAGAUUUGUGAAUGUGAAAGGAGAGAUAAUAGACAGGUUUUUAGCCCUUGUUCAUUUUAAGGAAACUAAAUCAAUUUGUUUGAAAGAAGCUAUUGAUUCUGUAUUUGCAAAGUUUGAAUUGUCUUUGUCAAAAGUGAGAGGUCAAGGAUAUGAUGGAGCAUCAAUCAUGAGAGGUAAAGGCAAAAAUCAAGAAAUUUCUUUGAAGAGACCGGGUGACACUCGGUGGGGAUUUCAUUAUGCCUCUGUAACUCGUCUGGAAAGUAUGUGGCCUUUGGUAACAGAAGUGCUUCAAAAUGUACUUGUUGAUGGGAUGAUUCAACCACUGUCUUGUGCCUUGCAAGAAAGAGAUCAAGAUAUUUUAAAUGCGAUUUACUUGAUUGAGAAUGCUAAAGAAAGCUUGAGAUCAUUUCGAGAAGAUGGAUGGGAUACUUUCUUGCAACACGUGGAUAAUUUUUGUGGGGCAAAUGACAUUACGGUCACUAAAAUGGAUGAUGUUGCUCCAAAACGGAUUUGCAUGAGGAAUGGUACAAACAUCACUAACUACCAUCAUUACCGCAUUGAAAUAUUUUGUCAGGUCAUUGACCUACUUAUGCAAGAGAUGGAAAAUCGUUGUUCCGAGUCAUCCACAGACUUGCUUCGUUGUAUGUCUUUUCCAAAAGAUUUCUCAUCGAAUGAACGUAUAAUUUUGCUUGAAGAACUUGUCCUAUUUGACGGUGUGAUGAGAAAAGAUGACCAAUUGAUUGGUAUUGAAAAUUUGGGUGGCCUAGCUCGAAAGAUGGUAGAGACUAAGAAAGAUAUAAUUUUUCCAUUAGUUUAUCACUUGAUUGAGUUUGUAUUACUCUUACCCGUGGCAACUGCAUCUGUUGAAAGAGUAUUUUCAGAUAUGAAAAUUGUCAAGACUGAUCGACAAAAUAGGAUGGGAGAUGAAUGGUUGAACGAUAGUUUGGUGAUAUACAGUGAAAGGUCCAUCUUCGCCACUGUUUCUAAUGAAAGAAUCUUGACACGUUUUCAAGAUAUAGAUACCCGUAGAAGUCAGUUGUCGCGAUUAACGGAUGCAAGUGCUACUUGA